GGGGGACUGUUUUUAUUUAUUUCUUUGUUUCAUGUGGAUAAAACAACAACAAUGGUGGAUAAUUGAAGAAGUGUGAAUAUUCAAGAGUGAGCGGAUGACGUUUCCAGUCCCAGUUAUCAGACCGAUAGCGCAAGUGAAUCCACAGGGGGAGGAUGAAGCGGCGCAAUGCGGACUGCAGUAAACUCCGCCGGCCGCUGAGACGGAGCCGCAUCAGCGACGGUUUAUACAGCAGCACGUUCCUGUACCUGAAGUUCCUGGUGGUGUGGGUGUUAGUUUUACUGGCCGACUUUGUUCUGGAGUUCAGGUUUGAGUACCUGUGGCCCUUCUGGCUUUUCAUCAGGAGUGUGUACGACUCCUUCAGAUAUCAGGGGCUGGCAUUUUCUGUCUUCUUUGUGUGUGUGGCAUUUACAUCAGACAUCAUAUGCCUCCUCUUCAUCCCCGUCCAAUGGCUGUUUUUCGCUGCCAGCACUUACGUCUGGGUCCAGUAUGUCUGGCACACAGAGAGAGGAGUCUGUCUACCAACUGUUUCGCUGUGGAUCCUAUUUGUGUACAUCGAAGCUGCCAUACGGUUCAAGGAUCUAAAGAAUUUCCAUGUAGAUCUCUGUCGGCCUUUUGCUGCUCACUGUAUCGGCUAUCCAGUGGUGACUCUCGGCUUCGGCUUCAAGAGCUAUGUCAGCUAUAAGAUGCGACUGAGGAAACAGAAGGAAGUCCAGAAGGAGAACGAGUUCUACAUGCAGCUUCUACAGCAGGCUUUACCACCAGAGCAGCAGAUGCUGCAGAGACAGGCGCGGGAAGCAGAAGAAGCUGCCUUAGCUAAAGGGAUCUCGGAGCUAGAACCCACAGUCGUAUCUCAAAACGGAGGACCGCCUGGAAAGAAAAGUACCUCAUUCCCGUUACCGGAACUGGAGUACCGCGAAAAAGGGAAGGACAGUAGCACGAAAGAGGGCAAAAAACAGAACGCAGUGGGAAUCAAUAACAACAGUAUUAUACACACGCUGGACUCCAAACUGCAGGAGGCGGAGUAUAUCGAGAACUGCGUCGGGACAAAGAGACUGAACAACGACCUGGCAGGAGAAAACGCAGACAGCAGCAGCCACACUACCAGUAAAGAGGACAUGGGGGGGACGGGGAAGAACUACAAAAACACCGGUGGAGGUGGCGCAAGCAACUCGUCUCCACGAAAUCACAGCUCUGCCAACGGCAGCCUCCCGUCAGGCUCCUUGGCCAAUAAGAGCGAGAGGAAACAGAAAGGGUCGGGGAAGGGGCAGAAGGAUCUGGUGGAAAACUGCAUCCCCAAUAACCAGCUGGGCAAGCCAGAGGCUCUGCUGCGGCUGGAGCAGGAUGUGAAACGCUUGAAGGCAGAUCUUCAGGCCAACAGGCAGCUAGAGUCGGAGCUGCGCAGUCAGCUUUCCUCUGUGAGCAGCCAGGACCGCAGCCUCCGCUCCGAGCUGGGCCAGCUGCGCCAGGACAACGAGCUCCUGCAGAACAAGCUCCACAAUGCCGUCCAGGCCAAACAGAAGGAUAAGCAGACCAUCUCCCAGCUGGAGAGGAAACUCAAGGCCGAGCAGGAGGCCCGGGCUCUGGCCGAGAAACAGCUGGCCGACGAGAGGAAGAGAAAGAAGAUGGAGGAGGCCACCGCCGCCAGAGCAGUAGCUUUAGCUGCUGCAAACAGAGUGGAGUCCACUGAUUCUCUCCGCGGUCGUAUCAGAGAGCUGGAGACUGAGUGCAAGAAGCUCAGUAUGGAUAUGAAGCUGAAGGAGGAUCAGAUUCGGGAUCUGGAGGGAAAGUGUCAGGAGCUGCGCAAGUACAAAGAGAACGAGAAGGACACAGAGGUGUUGAUGUCGGCGCUGUCGGCCAUGCAGGAGAAGACCCAGCACCUGGAGAACAGCCUCAGUGCUGAGACCAGGAUCAAGCUGGACCUCUUCUCUGCGCUGGGGGACGCCAAGAGGCAGCUGGAGAUAGCGCAAGGCCAGAUCCACCAGAGGGAGCAGGAGAUCGCAGAGCUGAAGCAGAAGAUAGCAGAGGUGAUGGCGGUGAUGCCCAGCCUGUCCUACUCAUCAGACGGGGGCAACCUGAGUCCCGUCACCCCCCACUACUCCUCCAAGUUCAUGGACAAUAGUCCCUCCUCCCUGGACCCCAACGCUUCAGUCUACCAGCCCCUGAAAAAGUGACUGACAGCCACUCGUUUGUCAGACUGAACUUUGUCCCUCUUUGUUCUGCUCUCGCUUUCAGUUCGGGUCAUUUUUAAGUUUACAGACAAAACUCCUCACUACACCUGUGAAUUUGUUUCCCUUUCUGGGGAGGUUUUAUUAUAAGAGCUAUUAUUUUGAAGAGGUUGUACACAGAAGGAUUGGUUGGCCAUCAUGCAUCACUUCUUUUCUCCUCUUUAUGGUUUGAAACCCCCCAACAGCCACUUUUCUUAUACAGUUGACUAAAACCCAGACAUCUAGAUUAAAAAAAGAAAAGAAAAGAAAAAGAAAUUCGAUUGACUUCUGGUGAUUGUUUGAACAAGAGCGAAGAUGUGUUUUUAGUUGUUAGUUCACGUGUAAAGUAAAGCCCCGUGAGAGAUACAUGAAUGUAAAAGUGUUCAUGUUUUGAUAUCAGCAUUAACUUAAAUCAGUGAUUGUUUGUUUUGUAAAGUUUCAGUUCAACAAUGUGCAUUUCUUUUCUAAAAUAGUGAUAUUGAACAGAUAAUCGUUUGCUGUGUUCCUCAGAUAUUCUGGUUAUAGUUUCUCGUCCUAAUGCUGGACUAUUGGACCCUCCAGGAUUGUAAUUGGAUGAAGCAGAUGGAGUUUUGUCCUUUAAAAAAAAAUGCUACUGUUACGUUGGACACGAGACUGCCAAAAAACUACAUUGAUGUUCAGACACACUUUCUCUUCUUUUUGGACCAAAUUCGAACCUGUUCGGCCAUAUUCUUUGCUGGAUUUAAUGAUGUCGAGGUAACGGGCUGUCACCGUGAUUUGCCGAUUUUUACAGUGCCUUGCGGUUUCUCUUUUAAGAUUCAGGAAGCACAUAUUUUGUGAUCCUGGGAUCUUAAAGCAUCCUUCUUCAGAUCUUCUCUUUCUCUCUCUCUGGCUCUGAUAUGCCUGGUUUACAUUUGAAUGAGUUGCUCAAAUGCUCUAGUCAGUAUUGAAAGAACACAAAAAAAAAAAAGUGGAGACGUUAAACGUGCUUCAUCAUUUCGCAGCUAGUCAGCCACAAAGCUGCAGACGUAAAGGGAAAAUGUAACGCUGGACGUGGUACGAGACGUAUCAUAGCGGCAGCCUUGGUAUGCCAAACACCAACCAAGCUGCCGGUCUGUGGUCGGGCCCUCCAGCUGCCGUCUGUUGUUUACACCAUGUACAUGAACCCACUGAGGAAUGUUUUCUUUGCUUAUUUAAUUUCAGUUCUUAAGUGCCAAGUGUUGGUGUUCGGUUUCCAUCCAUACUUUGAUGUAGCUUGCACAAUGUUUGCAGAAGUGUGCCGUUGAUUUUGUUUGUUUUGUCAUUAGGACAUAUAUGAAUGGUGGUGUGUUUACAAGAUCCUUAGAGUCUGGUGAGGCAGCAGAAGGUCAAUUGGACUGAUUGUGUUACUCGCACACUUAUUUAUUUGUUAAAGACAUCGAGUGGCACUUAUUUGGAAUUUCUUAUCAUAUUCUGUUGAUUUCCUGUAUAUGUUUUUCAUCAGAAAAAGAUAAUGGGAAUGUGUUGAGAAGAGGUCGCCUCUGAAUCGUCUGACCGCUUUCUGCUCUCACGUCACCUGCCAGGAAAAAAAGAAAAAAUGUGAUGUUGAGGGAACACUCUUGAAUUGAGUUCUCAAGUUGCUUUUACAAGUUUAUAGGAAGGAAGAGAAGGUGCUUUGUUUUAUGUUUUACUGUUCCACCACUUGUUUCUUUUUCUUUUGUAAGUAAUGGUGGCUGUGUCACACGUUUCACUUUGAUCUUCACCAUUAAAGAAAGUCUUGCUGGUGGCAAUGCAAGCUGU